GCUGGGCUAUGGUGUUUGCUGCUGCAGGCUUCAAAGUGAAACUUUAUGAUAUUGUGCAACAACAGAUAACAGGCGCACUGGAAAGCAUUCGAUACUGAAGCUGUAAAACAAAACAUAUAGGAGAAAGUAGGUGGACUGUUCGAGGGUCAUUCUGUGGAAGGAUCAGACUAAUCCUAGAAUAGCAGUUUUCUUCAAUCACCCUUCUCACUGAAUAGAAAUGAGUUCCCAAGCUCUUCAAAGAAAAUGAAAGACAUGUGGCAGAGCUCCCACUAUAUUGGAGAUCCAGAUCUUUUGGGACAGGGCAUAAAAUAAAAGACUGGGAGACGUAAAUACUGUUUUGACCUGCUCUGUGAUUGCAAAGGGCUUCCAUCUGUGAUACUGCUACCUUUCUUGAUCUAGAGAGUCAGUCUGGGACUCUGCCUUUGAGUGUCUACAAAUCACAAACAAAUGAAGGAGCUGGAGGAGUCAGGAUUCCUGAAAGGAGCUUUGAAUGCAGAGAAGCAGUUGGCUCUCAUUACUGGCUGUACAGACCUGAAGGAAGCAGUAGAGGGUGCUACUUUCAUUCAGGAAUGCACUCCGGAGAACCUAGAACUGAAAAAGAAGAUUUUUGGUCAGUUGGAUCUUAUUGUUGAUGACAAUGUUAUCCUGAGCAGCUCAACCUCUUGCCUCUUACCUACCAAGUUGUUCACUGGCCUUAAACAUGUUAAGCAAUGUGUUGUGUCACAUCCUGUAAAUCCACCUUAUUUUGUACCAUUGGUUGAAAUUGUUCCGCAUCCAGAAACAGAUCCUUCAAUUAUAGAGAGAACAUAUGCUCUGAUGAAGAAGAUUGGUCAAUCUCCUGUCAAAUUAAACAAAGAGAUUGAGGGGUUUGUUCUGAAUCGGCUACAGUAUGCAGUGAUAAGCGAAGCCUGGAGACUUGUCGGGGAAGGAGUAGUGUCUCCUGCUGACCUAGACCUUGUGAUGUCUGAUGGAUUGGGAAUGAGAUAUGCAUUUAUUGGACCUCUGGAAACCAUGCAUCUUAAUGCAGAAGGUAUUUCAAAUUACUGUGAAAGAUACUGCGAAGGUAUGAGACUUGUUCUGAACACUUUUGGACCAGUACCAAAAUUUUCAGGUGAAGCUGAGCAGAAAAUCAAUCAGGCAAUGUCGGAAAAAAUUCCAGUGGUUCCAGAACACCUGGAUGCCAGGAGAGAAUGGAGAGAUGAAUGUCUUGCUCGUCUUGCCAAACUGAAAAACGAGAUGAAAUCUGACUGAGGUGCACCUUGUCUAACAGGAAAAAACAAAUGAAGAACAGGUCUUCAUAAAAAGCAGGGAUUUUUGGUGAGCCAGAAGAGGUGGCUGAAUGUGCAGGCAACAAUUUGCACAAAUUCAGAGAUCUAUGAAACAUUUGGUCCAAAAUUGUCAUGAUGUAAUUCAUGAAUAACUGUAGAAUUAUAAAAAGUUCAUUUUAAACUUUAUCUAAUUCUUGUAUGUAUGCAUUAGAUAUGUGAGCAUUUAGUAGCUUUAGCUAUAUUAGUAAUGUGCAAUACUAGAACACAAUGAUGUUUUAAAUAAUGCAUUUUUAAACUUGCUUAGAAAUUCGGAGCUUGAACAGUAUUUGCUUAUGCAGAGAUCUGAAAUAGGCAAACAUCAGCUGUUUGUCAUGGGAGGAAAAAAAACCCUCAGCAGCCAAUCAAUAUGGCAGUGAGGUUAAUUUGUAAGAUAAGAGGAGGUUGCACUGAACGAAGAGUAAGUUCACUGGCCAUUCUCCCAGUGAAAUGAGAGCUCCACAGCAGUAAGAGUCACUUCAAUUUAGCUCUGUAACUGUUCCACAAUGUAGAGGAAAAAAAAUACUUUUCCUUUCCCUCCCUAUGGCACUUACGUAUCUAUGUGAUGAGUUAAAUGUGAGUGAAUAGAACAGAGUAGAAUUCCUUCCUUAUCCUAUAUCCCUGAAUCUCUAUGACUCAUCAGAGACCUAGUCAGUUUUUCAGACCAUGUACUUGAUACUCCAUGACUUCACCCCAACUUAAGUUAGAUGUUUGAUGCCGUUGAUAGGCAUUGCUGCAUAAAUGUGUGUCCCAUUCUAAGACUUUUGUAUGAUAAAUAAGAUGUUUUGAUUUAACAGCUUGGGAGACACCUUCCAAGCUACACAGCAACCUUCUGAGUGAUCUUGGGAAGACAGUUCAUUUUCCAUUGCCUUGUGUGUUUUGUACAUUAUCUGGAACAAGGGCUGUCUCUGUAGGACUCAGCUGUAAUGAAUUUAACAACUGUGGCUGAAGGAAUCCCUCCAGAUAUCUGCUGCUUUGCUUCCCUGCACAGGAAAUUGUGCAGUUGUUUGGGUGCAGCAUUUAUGCUUUGCUGCUGCCCUUUUCUACAUGCGUCACAACAUCUGUAGAAGGACGGAGUAUAUACAUGGUAACAGUAGUAUCUUUGGUUGUUGCAGUGACAUGCUUCAGUCCACAGCAAAGUUUUACUAUGAAUGUGUGUACCAUAUAAUAUGGUUGGACCUUAGGUUCUUAGCUAGAACCUUUGGGCAUUAUUGUAAUACAAAUAGUAAAAAUAAUGUGCAGCACAGCAUUGCAUUCACAUCACUUGAGUUAAACAUUUGAAUUUGUACUAGCUGGUCAUGUAACUUCAGUCACAGCACAGAUUCUGAAAUGUUAAACUGAUUUUUUUAAUGUUUGGCUCAGGAGCAUUUUAACUCUUGUUCUUAAAGGAGAGGGCAUACAAACAUAGUUGGCAUACAAACAAGUUACUGCAGAUUAGUUGGUUACCGUGCUGUGAGCUGAGCAGCAGAUAAAUUGGAUUGCCUGACAUAGGUUUUAGGGAAAGAACAUGUCUCUGUAUUUGAAACAUGGGAUAGGAUCCGUAGCAUAGAGAUCUAUAUCUGAACAGAUUGUCCUGUGCUCCUUUUAUAAUCAGUGGAGAGAAAGAAAAAUAUGUAAGCUCAAUUUAUUUUAUCUGGUAUAGACCUAAAAUGGUCAGGUGAAUCACACCCUGAAAGCACCAGAAUACUGUCUUUUAUUGCCUGGAAUGGGGAGAGCAGUGAUUGGGUCAACCUGUGUUAAGACAUCUGAAGUGGAGGGGUCAGUCUCCACUCUUGGUGCCUUAUUAAGCAAUAGUAGAUUAAUUAUGAGGCUGAUUUCUUCAUUUUAUGUAUGUCUUUGUAUUUUAGACAAGGCCAUAGAAGGCUCUGAUUACUUUUUAAGAUUAGAACUAUUUUGCUGUGGGUAUAUGACAUUGUCAUAGCUAAUUAUCUUGCAUUGCUUCUGUUUACUUUGAGGUAUUUUAAAACUUAAUCACAUCAUCAAAUAUUUGUCUCAAUUUUUAUUAUUUUCUAAUGAAUAAAAAAAAUGUAAUGGGUAUUAA